GGCAAAAGGCAAGGUGAGCUUUUAGAUUUUUUUAAAAUAACAGGUUGAAGAGGUUGACGGAAGAAAACAAACAUCGGCAAUUGCAUAUUCUAGCUUUCUCCGAAGGGCUUGCCCAAACUCAUCUCCACCUUUCUAAGAUAUCUUUCGGCACCAAAAGGUAUUACUUCUUCCCCAAUCCACCUCCUUCCUCAUGUUAAGCUUUCCUGUUCUCUUCUCUCACACCAUUAACCCUUCCUUCCAUUCCUAUAAGAGAACAACUCAUCUCUCUUCAAUUGGCAAUACCUCUCCCAAUUUCUCAGAAUUUGAAGAAAGCCUCUGAAACAUGGUUAAACUAACCUUGGUGGGGAGACUGAGUGAUGGGAUGCCUCUAUCUCAAACACCAACCUACUUGACUGAAGACAAUGAAGUCUCAUCAUUGUAUAGGCAGAAAGGUGAGCUUGUGCUAAAGGAGAUUGCAGCAGGAGCUUUGACAAAUUCCAAAAUGACCAUUCUCAUUGAUCACCAUUGUUUUCACUAUCUGAUAGGAAACGAAGUUUGCUACAUCACACUCUGCGAAUCCAGGUAUCCGAGAAAAUUGGCAUUCUAUUAUCUUCAGGAUCUGCAAAAGGAGUUCAAGAAGUUUGACGUCAAGGUUGUGGAGUCAUUCACAAAGCCAUAUGCAUUCACAAGAUUUGAUUAUGUGAUUGGAAAUAUAAGAAAGCAAUACUUGGACACAAGAACUCAAGCCAAUCUAUUUAAGCUGAACUCUGACCAUAGGCAAGAUCUUGAUAUGGUUACAGAAGAAUUCUCCAAAUUGAUUAGCAAUUAUAAAACUUCAGUUGCCAGACAAGCUAGAUACUUUGCAGGAUCUGAAGCAAGGGCAUGUCCAGUCAUCCUUCAACAAGAAUCAACACUGUGGAGUUCCAAGCUUCUUGAAGAGGUUGCUCUUAAAUGGACACCCAUUACAAUCCUUGUCAUCGCCACAGCACUCCUCUUAUGGACCAGCAUUGUCCUCACAGAAUACAACAUGUUAACAGCUUGGUGACAUCUUUUCUCCUGGAUUGAAAAAACUCUCAGGAGAGCAAUGGCAACACUGAGGAAAAGGAGAACCGUGAAUGAAGCAGCAUACAUGUUCCAUGCUGGAAUGAAAAGUGAAAAGAAAUCAAAAUGUAUUCCAAAUAAGAAAAUUAAUAUGACUCCUGAUAACUUCACAAGGCAUGAUACUUGUGCUUAGCAUGAGGUCCAUACUUCUUCCAACUUGCAUUAACAGAUAGACCAACAGGCAUGCUUGGCAAACUUAUCAAUUAAGAGCAAGCAACUUGGGCUCAAUUCACAAGAUACAGGAGACUAAUUGAACAGAUUAACCUAAGGCUUCCAGACUAAAUUCACUAACAUGGAUCAAAAUUUUAUUUAUCAAACUUAUUUGUUCCUUUGCAUCAAACAUUCAAUACAUUUCAGAUGCCCAGCAUAACUCCUAAAACAAUCUCAAAUGAGUUUACCCCUAUCAAUAAAAAUCAAGAAUAAAAGAUGGAGGAAAAAAUCCUCAAACUAUUAGGGAAAGACUUCUACAAUAUCCAUAAACAACGUUAGGUCUCCCAUGAAUUUACCAACUCAUCCACUGGAGCUACCAGCACCAACUGUUUUCUGCACUGGCAAUCCCACAGUACUUUCAACCUUCUUCUUCAGAUCCGUUGCAUCCAUUAUGGCAGUGAUUCCUUCUCUUAUCUCCUUCAGCAAAUGCUCCAUCUUUUCUUUACUUGCACCGCUUGCUAUCUCUGCCUUUAAUUCAUCAAUCUUCCCUCUUAACCCUGCCUUAUCUAUCAACACCUCUAUUUCUUUCUUUAUUACAUCAUCCGCCUUUAUUAAUAUCUCCUCUAUGCCAGGUGGGGCUGU